CCGCCACCCAACCUCCUGCAGCCCACCACGAGCGCCAGCACCGGACUUCCAGCUACCCAGCCAACCCAAUACCACCAAUCACUACAGAACUUCAGUAUAUACUCUAACCCUGCAUUCGCAAUGCACCCACCCAUAGGAACUGACACAAGUGGAAACGUGCAAGGGGACACACGCUCAACAACUGGCCGUAUCGGUGAAGACCCAAGACUGGUUGCAGAGCACUCCUCCAUCAUGCCGGCGUCAGCAGAUGCAGCAAUGCGAGACCAAAGACUGGUGCUGCGUACCCCCUUCAAGCAGAGGAGAAUGAAUGAAGAUGGAGAUGGCCAAAUCACGCAAGAAGAGGAGGGUGGUGACAUAGAUUUCUUCGCAGCCGCCCCACAUGCCACAGGCCCUGGGUUUCUGCCCCAAGGCCCACUGCCGCCACCUCCAAAUGCACAAGUAGUUCCUCUGGCAGCGCAGCCUUCCAGCAGCAGGGCAGGGGCAGCAGCAGGUGUGGUUCGACAUCAAUUGGUACUGUUGUGCUUCAUGCUGUUUCCCCAGGGCACUAAGUUUAUGUCCAGGCGGACAGAUAAAGGACAGCUGGUUGUGCCAACGAUUGCCGUUAGCGCUUCACCAACAUCCAAAGAGGCCAUCAAAGCGAUUGCUGCAACUUUUAUCGUGGAUCGCUUCCCCUUUCGGUUGAUUCCGGGGAUACGCAUUGGCCGAAAGACCAUAGCUGCGGCAGCGGGGGGAAGCUGGCAUUUUUCCAUUGGAAUGCUGGAUGUCAAGGUACUGUUCCUGCAGGAGACCAAGCUGGAUGAGCAUCGCAUUCAGCAGAUCCAGAAUUGGUGGCAAGGGCCACAGAUCUGGGCUCCGGCUUCAGACACUAGAGGAGGUUGUGCCAUCUUACUUCACAGAAAUCUAAACGCAGAGAUUUUGGACCAGGAGUAUGACAUUUGGGGACGCUGGGCAUGGGUCCAGAUUCAGCUGGGGACUGAGGCCUGGACCCUUAUGACUAUCUAUGCACCAGCGGAGCCCGCUGAGCGGAGAUCCUUUUUUGAGGAAUUACCAGCAAUCGUACCUGACGAGGAUAACGUUAUCUUGGCAGGUGACUUCAAUGUCACUCUUACACCUGGGCUCGACUCCCCCGAGGUGGCACCGAGGAAGACUGAUGCAGUGAUGCUGAGCAAUUUUAUGGCGAGUAGAGGGUUUACAGACAUGUUCCGUACCACACAUCCAACUGAGUCAGGCUUCACCUGGUUCUCCUCCCAGCAAUCUGAAAACAGGCCGCCACCCAAGAGAAGACUUGACCUCAUCCUGGCCAAGGGGGACCCGUGGCAGGCCCUGGCUACCGUCGCCUGUAGCAUUGAAUCGUUGUCCGAUCAUCGCCAGCUCACAGCUAAUUUUGAGCUGGCAACAAAUCUCGCUCGAGGCCCUGGGACAUUCCGGUUAAAUACAGACCUCCUUAAUCUUCCAGGGGUCACCGAUUGGGUAGCAGCGCAUUGGAGGGAUUGGCAGCAAGCAAGACCUACCUUCGACACAGAAGCAAGCUGGCUGCAGAUGGGUCUCCGGAUCGUAACGCGGGCCCUAGACACCUUUUCAAGAAUACAGGCAAGAACCAGACGGCAACAAGAAGAAGAGUGUCGUACCAUGAUUGCGGAAGCGGAGGCAGAAUUGGACAGGGGACCUUUGGCGGAACUCUACUGGCAACGCAGAAGGAACCUGUGGCUGCAAAGACUAGAGGAACUGCAAGUGGAACAGCAAAUGCUGCGGGCAAGGAGAGCCCAAGAGAAGGGGAUGAUUACUGGUGACAGACUUACUAAAGAAACCUUUCAGCGCCUAUGCCCACCGCGGGCUCACGCACUGAUAAGGGAGCUACAACACCCCUUCUUUCCGGAGGCAGCAGUUGCCAAGAGCUCCUCGGAAAUCGGGGAGCAUGCUCUGGCCUACUUCAGUGAUAUACUGAGAAGCAGAAGACAGCCGGAUCUAACGCUGCAGAAACUCAGAGAUGAGCACGACAUGUGGCAACACACUCAUGUACGCCUGUCCUCGGAAGAGCAAGCUAUCCUCGAGCGUCCUAUCGCCUUGGAAGAGUUAUGGGAAGCGGUCAAAAGCAUGGCACGUGGUAAGAGCCCCGGGUCAGAUGGCUUGCCAGUCGAAUUCUAUGAAGCCUGUUGGGAACAUAUUGGACCGGAGCUGCUUUCUCUCUACAAUCGCGUAUUGGAGGGAGGAUCCAUGACCGAAGAUAUGAAGUUGGGGAUCAUCACACUAAUCUACAAGAAGGGUGAUAAGUCCAACAUUCGAAACUGGCGACCCAUCUCAAGACUAAACGUGUCGUACAAGAUAUUAGCCAAGCUCCUUGCUAGACGACUGCGUCGACUGGCACCGUAUCUCCCCAGCCUCGUUCAUGUGGACCAAGGCGCGUUUGUACAGGGGCGCUCAAUCGCAGAAAACAUAUUGGCGGCUAUAGGAGCUUUGGAAAUCAUACAACGAGAAAGGAGGGAGGUGGUGGCAGCAAUGCUCGAUCUUGAGAAGGCGUACGAUCGAGUGAACUGGUCCUUCGUGCUCGCCACUCUCGAGCACAUGGGCUUUGGGCCGAAUUACCGUGCAUGGAUGCAAGACCGAAGCAAAAUGAGAUUCUCCAAGCCAAAACUCAAGCUGGACUGCAGCGAUGUCGGGUUGCAGUCGGUAUGUCGCUCCUCGGACGAGCCCUCCUCAUAAAUUCAGUCGUCUUUGCUCAACUCUGGUACAUAGCAGCGGUCUGCUUAAUCCCUAAGGCAGUCACUAGGCACCUGACAGC